CACAUAAACGCCAGCCCUGUGAUAAGACCUGCAGGGCAUUUUCCUUCAGAGUCUUCCUAACUCCGAAGAGUUUCGUUUCACAGGAAAAAAACAAGGAUCUCAUUUCUCACAGGACUGCAUUUCAUGUUGCUUCCUGUACGUUUCGUUUCAUAUGAAAAUGCACUUGAGUUGGAAACGAAAGUUAAAAUGCAACCGUAAUCGACGUGUGAUUGUUGGGGUUGGGCGCUAGCGGUGUUAUAAAGUGCAGCGCCGGUCGGAAGUGCGCUUUUUGGGUGGCAAACUUGGCAAGUCCAGAGCUGAUGCGACUCUUUGACAAACAUGACUGAGGGCGUACAGCUGAUUUCUUCAGUCUGAUGUGGAUAAAAAGGGAAGAUUGUUGUGCAAUGCGGUUGCCACAACCCUGUUGACACUCUUACACCAUCCACGAGGGAGGAUGAGUCAAAGGACAAACAAGAAGACCCGAAAGUCCUUCGGGGCAACAGCGCCGCCCUUCAUUGAUUACCUGAAAGAUAUUCUGCGUCGAUAUCCAGAUGGUGGACAAAUAUUGAAGGAGCUUAUUCAAAAUGCAGAUGAUGCCCAAGCCACAGAAGUGGUUUUCAUCCAUGAUGAGAGAAGCUAUGGGACUAAGAGCCUUUGGACUGGUGAACUGGGAGAAUACCAAGGUCCUGCUCUCUAUGCCUACAACAAUGCAGCAUUCACGGAUGACGACUGGGAAGGAAUUCAGAUGGCCGGGAGGAGUGUCAAGCGCAAUGACCCAAACAAGGUUGGGCGGUUUGGAAUUGGCUUCAACUCUGUUUACCACAUAACAGAUGUGCCAUGUAUAUUCAGUUCAGGGCACCUUGGUUUCAUGGACCCCCAAGAAAAAAUAUUUGGUGAAAGAGAGGGAGGUUUUCUGUGGUGUUUGGAUGAUCCAGAACACCAAGAAGCUCUGAUGACUAUGCGUGAUCAGUUCCAACCCUUUCGAGAUAUAGUUUCGCUUGUAAGCGGACAAGAAUGGUCGAAAGUCGUCACGGAGGACCAGUGCUUUGAUGGGACAAUUUUCAGAUUCCCCUUGCGCAACAAGGCAACAGAAAUUUCAGACAAUCUGUAUAACUCUGAUAAGGUGGUUGAUCUCUUUGAUAGUUUCAUUGCAGAUGCAGACUUAAGCCUACUGUUCCUGAAAAAUGUGAACUCCGUCUCCUUGAUACAUAUCAGUGUACACGGCACUGUUAACACCAGACUUGAAGUGAAAUCAUCAGUCCACACAGAUGCUGUUUUUCAGUCAGAAGUCGAGUCAGUCAUUGAGGGUUCAACAAGGUUCAAAUUGAUAAGCCUCAACUCAGAAGAUCCCCAAGAAACAAAGUGGCUUGUGACAACAUGUACAAUGAAAGAAGGCAAUGUAGAAAAUCUUGAUUUGCUCGCAAAAAAGCUGAGCUUUUUCCCUCAAGUUGACUUGGCAUUCCCUUGUGGUGAGAAGAGAGACUGUAGUAAAAGUAGACUGAGCUGCUUUCUCCCCCUCCCAAACAAUGAAUCCAACAGAACAGGACUCCCAGUUUAUGUCAACGCGUGCUUUGGCCUCACAGACAACAGAAGACACAUCAAGUGGCAAGAGGAAGACCAGAAACAUGACGAGCAUGCAGUCUGGAAUGAAUUGUUGAUGAAGGAAGUGCUCCCACAAGCAUACCUCAUGAUUGUUCAAGACGCGAUCAAAUUCGCCCAAGAAACUAUUUUGCCUGUGUCUUCCGUGUAUGAUCUGUGGCCAGACAUCGACCAGGUAAAGCGCAAAGACAGAUGGUAUGCUGUUGCUGUGGAUGUUCUUCAACAUUUAUUCAGAAAGAAUGUGGCUGUCCUCUCACUUGCCAAAGAUGAAAGAAAGUUUAUCACCCCAUCAGAAGCUGUGUUCCCCUGUAAUGGUCCAACAAGCCCUGAUAUAUUGGCCGCCAUUAGAAGGACUUUGGUUUCUUGUGGAGAAAAUCUUGUCACUUUACCAAGUACUGUUGCAAGUGCUAUAAAUGAGGCCUAUCCAGACCUGAACACCCUAAAAUAUGUGACUCCAACUUUCAUGAGGGACGUUCUCCACAGGAGUAACAUGCACAUCACCUCUAAAGACGACAAACUCUGUCUCUUGGAGUUCAUCUUGAGUGAUGGAAAAUACAGAGAACUUAAGGGUCUUGAACUGCUACCACUCAACGAUGGCUCCUUCAGAUCUUUCACAAACAAAGAGCAGGACACUGCACUGAUUGACAGCAUUGAUUUUCCAAGGGUCUUGCUACCGUGCUGUCAACACCUCUUCAUCCCAAACGAUCUCAGUCCAGCCUGCAGGAGCCACCUUAAAGAACUGGCCAGACAAAAUUUAUUCAAGGUCAUUAACAUUGAUGCACACCAGGUGGCUGAGUAUACGAGGAGGUAUUUGCCACAGGACUGGAAGCAGACGAGGACAGGGCUUGUUACCUGGGACAUCAGCAACAGUCAACAUCCACCUUUAGACUGGCUCCAAGAAUUCUGGAAAUUUCUCAACACUCACUUCAAAGAGUUAAGUAAAUUCACCGGAAUGCCAUUAAUACCAGUCAGUCCCCUGUCUGCCAGUAAGCCUGUAUCACUAGCAAUACUACAGCAGAACACAACCCUCAUCUUCCAGAGAAGCAAGCAGAUUAACUUGCCAGAACAAAUAGCUCAGUUGGUGGACAAAGUCGGUGGCACAGUGGUGCGAGGAAACGAGUGGCUCAAGCACGAUGACCUAGACUCCUAUGUGCUUUGCCCAUCUCCAAGGAGUGUCAUGAAAGUCUUGAUGAAUUUAGAUUUUCAGGAUGUCAUCAGAAAACUCAAGACUGCUUCUCACAGAGAACGGGAAGAGCUGAAAGAUUAUCUCUCUCAUCUGGAUUUUCUCUCAGCCAGUGAGGAAGAUAUUCUCUCAAAGUUGCCUCUGUUUGAAACCAUGAAAGGCUCACGUGUUUCAGCUCAAUCAAAACAGGCUGUGCUUCUAAUUUCUGGUCUAACAGUCCCAAAAGAGCUCCCUAUGCCUGAUUCAGUUGUGCAGUGUGCAACAGAGGCUGAUCGCAGACUUUUACAGCUGCUCAAAGUUAAACUAUUGGACACAGCUGAAGCAGCCAAUCUCCUUAUUGGGUGUAUUGAGAUGGGGUCUUGCAGAAAAGAAGACACUGAGAAAAUCAUGACUUGGAUUUUACAGCAUGGUACUAUCCUUUUCUCUCAAAACCAGACCUUGAAACGCAAAUGUAAGGACCUGAGCUUCAUUGAAGUUAAUGGAGAGCUAAAAAAGACCUCAAGCUUUUUUGAUCCAACAAUUGAAAUGUUUAAAGUCAUUUUUGAGUCAGAUUUCUUCCCUCCACCUUUAUACACUCAAACAUCGCAGAUGCUUGAAAGUCUAAGAGAUCUUGGAUUGCUAAAUAAAGAAGCAGAUGUGUCACCUGAACACUUGUUGCAUGCUGCCACACUGAUUGACAAACUGGGUGUUGACUCUAAACCCAAGGCUGUCAAAAGAGCUCAGGUGCUCUUGAAAAUGUUGGAUGCUAAUGAUCUACUGUCAAAGUUUUCUCAUGACCAGCUUCAAAGUCUCAAAAUGCUAAAAUGGGUCCCAUGUGCUAAAUCCAAAUUCCGCAAUGACAAAUCUCAGAAAAGUUGUUUUUUCUGUCCGAAUGAAAUAAGACAUUCAAUGUAUGAGGACAUUGUUGGCCAUGUAAUGCCUCUGGUGGGAAUGUUCAGUGACAGAGUUGCCUGCACACUUGGCCUCAAAAGGCCACCAACACCUGAAAAAGUGAUGGAGAAUUUGUCAGCCUUGACAUCAAAAGCAAAGAAAAUGCCUGAUGCUGAUACCAAUGUAGAUUUCAAAAGGCAGUUGCGUAGCAUUUAUGAACACAUGCAAAACCACAUCUCUGAAUUUGCAACAGUGAUGAACAAGGACACACGCUGGCUGUGGAGCCACAACCAGUUUGUAUCACCAAAGGAUCUGGUUCUACACUACCCACGUAAUCUAGAUCUGAGCUCUUUCAUUGGGAAGGCGCCACAUGAAUUUCUGCCAUACAAAAAGUUACUCCUCAAGUUUGGUCUGAGAGAGUCACUUUCAGAUGAAGAAAUUAUUGGCAUUCUUCACUCUAUCCAGCAGGCCAUAGAAAAGAGGCAACAGCCAUUUGCGAGCUCCUCUGAGAUGAACGUCUCAAUUGAAAUUCUCAACUGGUUGUCAAGAGAAAAGAAGAUAGUUGAGAGCGACAUCCCCGUGCCAGUCCUCACAGAGGGUGGACAGUGCACAUUUAAACCACUCUCAAAAGCGGUCUUCUGUGAUGUAAGCAAAAGUGGGAUAAAUGACCUUCAGUACAGCAAAGAAGAAAUUCAUGUUGUACAUAAGGAAAUCCCAAAAGCAACAGCUGAAUGGUUGAACAUCAGAUUUCUCAGUACCUACAUCCUUGAUCCAGAGUUGGUAGGAAUAGAACAGUGUGGACAAUCUGAACCGAUAACAACAAGGAUUAAGAACAUUCUUAAAGAGUAUGAUGAGGAAAGUGACAUCUUCAAAGAGCUCAUACAAAAUGCAGAGGAUGCCGGUGCAGAAGCCUGUAAAUUUUUGGUGGAUUUCAGAGUGCACAAAGACUCCCCUGAGAGCCUCAUUGACCCUGACAUGUCCCUUUGCCAGGGACCUUGUCUUUGGGCAUUUAAUGAUGAGCAGUUCACAGCUGAGGAUUGGAAAAAUAUUGUCAGAGUUGGAUCUGCCUCGAAGGAAAACAAAGUGGAGAAAAUUGGAAAAUUUGGACUUGGAUUCAAUACUGUGUAUCAUGUGACAGACAUUCCUUCCAUCCUCAGUGGCAACAGCCUUCUCAUACUUGAUCCAAAUGUAACUCACCUUAAGAAGCACAUCAAACAUAAUACAAAUCCUGGCAUCAAGCUGAAUCUCUCUCAGCGGCAGCUUUUUCAGUGUUUUCCUGGCCAGUUUGGACCAUAUGAAUGCAUUUUUGAUUGCAACUUCACAAAAAAAAGUCCCCCUGACCCCUAUCCAGGCACUCUCAUAAAACUACCUUUCCGAACUCAAGAAGAAGCUCUGAAAUCAGAAAUAAGCAGCAAGGUAUAUCACGAACAUGAUAUUACCACUUUUCUCCAGCACUUUACUGAAAAUUCACAAACUCACCUGCUGUUUCUGAAGAACAUCAAUACAUUAUCUCUACAAAGUAUCUCAAAAGACGUAUCAACUCCACCAAGGGAUGAUGAAAUAGCAACUGUCCUUACUGUCUCCAAAAGCAUUGUGAGUACAGUGAGGAUUCCUGAUGAAACCACUGUGUCAAAGCAGCAUCAAGCUGAAAAAUCAUUGAUGAAACUUGAUGGAAAAUGCAAAGAGGUCAUUGACUGCUGCACAGCCUACAUUGUUCAAACAACAAGCCAACAAUCUGGUGUUACUGAAUCCCUGUCCUGGCUUCUGUACAACUGCUUUGGAACACGUCAUUCUAUGAAAAUGGCCCUUCAAGAAAACAAUCAAGUCAAGUUCUCUUUGCCCAUUGGGGGGAUUGCUGUGCCUUUGCAAAAUGACCCAGAAACUAAGAAACUAGCCUCAUUACAAACAGAUUUUGCUGGACAGGCAUUUUGCUUCCUUCCUCUUUCCAUUCACACAGGUCUUCCAGUCAAUGUAAAUGGAACAUUUGCUGUGACAAGCAACCGAAAAGGUCUGUGGGAGAGUGGAGUAAAACAUGACUGGAACAAAGCCCUUCUUCAGGAUCCUGUAGUUACAGCAUAUGUGUCUGUACUCUUGGUACUUAAGAAAAUGUCUGAAAACAAGCAACUGGAAACAUACAAUUAUCACACCUACUGGCCUGACAGAAAGAAAGUGAGUGAAACUUUCAAGCCUUUGGUGGAUGCGUUUUACUCAGACAUUGCCCAUCACUCCAUUGGUCCAGAGCUCUUUAGUGAUGGAGAGCACUGGUGCUCAAUGAACAGUGCCAUAUUUCUUCAUGAGAACAUUGAAGAGGAUAAAGACAUCAGCACACUUGCAGUACAGGUGUGUAAGAAACAUGUGAAAACACCCAUCCAUGUCAUCCCUCUUCCACUAUGGUUGAGAAAUAGCUUAAAACAGGCUGGCCAAGAAAAGGUUUUACAAAGUAGAACAUGGAACUGGGAGCACUUUUACCAAGAAGUAGUGUUUAAAAACCUUGGAACCAUGGACCCUAAGAGUAGAGAUACUCUUGUGCUGCAUGCCCUUGACCUGAACAUGAAAGAAAUUGACAGCCUACUUAAUCGCUAUCCUUGCAUUCCUACUAAAGACGGACAGCUCCAGUAUAUCAAGAAACUUGUGAAUCCAUCUGGGAAAGUGGCCUGUCUUUUUGAACCAGAAGAGCAACGCUUGCUUGGUGGUACCCAAAAUGACUUUGGUUCCCCCAAACGGAUUCAGCGCUUGUUGGAACUUGGAAUGGCAAAUGAUCAUCUCUCACUGGAAGACAUCACAGAGAAAGCAGGCACAAUCUCAAAAACCUGGAGAACUGACAAGAAGAAAGCAUAUAGGAAUGUGAAGUGCCUUCUUGAACUUAUGAAGCACCACAUGGAUGACAGAGAUUCUGUUCACUGGGAAACACUGAGGAAAACUAAAUUUCUUCCAGCAUUUUCCCCUGGUGAUACAAAAAUGGAAAAAAAUGUAACACUGAGAAGGCCCAUUGAUGUUUUUAGUGACAAAUGUUCCCUGCUGCUUAACAUGACACAAUCUGUGCUGGAUUGCACCAAUCUGAAAAUGCACAACAGUGAUCCAGUACUACAAAUUUUGGGAGUUCAGGACAGUCCAAAGCCUGAGACAGUGCUUCAACAACUGCAAGAAGCUUGCAAGCAAUCUCAGUCCACUGACAGAUCCAUGCUUCACAAAAUAGCAAGUGAAUGUUAUAAGUUUCUGGAUCAGUGCCUCAUUGAUUCUGGGAAUUCCACUUUCAUUUCACAGAGGGCAAAAUCAUUCCCAUUUGUUUUGGUAGGCAGCACAUUUGUAAAUGUAAAGCGUGUAGCAGAAAAUGAGACAUUUGAAGCGAAACCCUACCUCUAUGCACUUCCACCUGCCUUCGCUAGUUUCAAGAGGCUCUGGGAGAGCGUAGGUGUUGAAAAAUGUUUUACAAUCCACCAGUUUCAAACUGUGCUCCAGGAACUGCACACUAAACAUGUCAACAAACCCUUGCCAAAAAGUGAUCUGUCAAUUUGCCUCAGAAUUUUAAAGACAGGGAUAUAUGAGGCCAACGAGAAAACAACGGAUGACUGCCUGAUACCAAAUAAACAUGGUAUUUUACAACCUGCAAGUGAGCUGUUUUACAACGAUAGUGCAUGGAUGCCAGUCGCUCCAGGUAUUACAUUAUGCCAUGAGAAUAUCCCACGUGUUAUGGCUUGCCACUUUGGAAUCAAAACUACCAGGCAUUACACUCUGCAAAACCACAUAGUUGAGAACAUUUCACCAUUUGCUUUUCAGUUUGAACAGCAGGAACAGUUAACUGUUCGAAUUAAAAACAUAAUUUCAGCCUAUCCAUCAAAGAAGGAUAUCCUUAAAGAGCUCAUCCAAAAUGCUGAUGAUGCAGAGGCGACAGAAAUUCACUUUGUUUGGGACAAACGACAGCAUGGUGAAAAAAAAACUUUUGGGAAGGAAUGGAACCAUCUGCAGGGUCCAGCACUGUGUGUGUUCAACAACAAAGUGUUUUCUGAUGCUGACUUGAUUGGCAUUCAACAGCUGGGGGAAGGAGGAAAGCACUCCAGUCCAGGAAAGACAGGAAAAUACGGAGUUGGAUUCAAUUCUGUUUACCAUCUCACUGACUGCCCCUCAAUCCUUACCGGAGAUAAAUUACUCUGCAUUUCAGAUCCCAAUAAAAAAUACAUUGAAAGUCAUUCAGACAAAGCACCAGCUGGCAUUGGCUAUAAACUAGCUGACACUUUCAAGAACACGUACAUGGAUGUCUACAAAUCCUUUCUUCCUGACAAAUUUCCUCUUAAAGAGGGCACCAUGUUCAGAUUACCUCUAAGGAUGGGUACCAUGGCAGACAGCUCUAAUAUAUCACGACAGGAAGUCACUGACCGUGACAUGAAAGAAUUAUGCUCUGCCCUCUCUGAAGAUCCUGAAGGACUAAUUCUGUUUCAGAAAAACGUCUGCAAAAUACAAGUCCAUGAAAUCAAUGAACAUUCGGAAAAACUUGAAACCAUCUUUAUGGUCGAAAAAACUCUAUCAAAGUCAAGCCGAGAAGGAAAAGAUGCUUUUGUGAAACUUCAACUUGAUGCGCUACAAUCUGAAAAACCGACAGCACCACGCAAGGUCAUUUAUGGAACUGUGAUUUCAACUUCAGAUAAAAGACAAAGUAAAUGGAUCACUGCAGAACAGUUUGGCUCAUUCAAAAAGAGCGAUGAAAGAGAAAUGAGACUAUCAGACAAACUUCCCCAAGCUGCGGUGGCAGCACGUGUGAGUUUGAAGUUGUCUGUGAGUCCAUUUCCAGCACCGUCCAGCAGUAUGGAUUUCACAGGAGAAGCCUUUUGUUCACUUCCUUUGCCAGGGAAAACUGGACUGCCAGUGCAUGUCAAUGCAAACUUCGAAGUUGAUUCUGCCAGGAGAAGCCUUUGGAAGGAAGAUGGGCAAAGUCUAAAAUCUAACUGGAAUGAAUUUUUGAAACAGAAUGUCAUUGCUCCAUUGUAUGCAGAUCUCCUUCAUCACAUCAGCCGUAAUAUUGCAGGCAAGAAAGUCUCUUAUGCACAAAUUGAGCCAUGCUUGAGUGACUCAUACUUGCGUUUUUGGCCAACUGUGUCCAAAGAUGUUGGUCAGGAUUGGCAUGAAAUGACACAUGAGGUAUACAGAUCAAUCAAAGAAAGAGGCCUCAAUGUGAUUCCAGUGUUGAGGAGUUCAACACGUGUAGCUGCAAACCGAGAAUUUAAGGAGUAUUCUUUUGACUUGUGUAACGUCACAGAAACUGAAUCAACAAAGGCACCUUACCUAAUGCAACCAGAGAGUUACGAGAUUAAUCCUAUUUUGGAAGAUCUUGGCAUGACAUUGGUUCCUUUUGAGAUGAAAAAAGUUUGGAAUGCUUUCAAAUCUGCUGGUGUUGAAAUGAAAAAAGUGAGUCCUUCAACUGUCCAGGCUUUCCUGAGAGAAAAACCGAUCAGCGACCCAACCCAGACAGAAAAGGACUUACCCCUGCCCAUAACUACCACUCUGAUCAGAGAUGAAACAAGAUGUUCAAAGCUCUUAAGUUUCUGCUUAUCUGAGUUUGAAAAAGGCUUCAAAAAGGCCACCAUGGACAAUUCCAGUUUACUCAAUGGGCUUCCACUUCUUCUCACGAAAGACAAAGUUUUGAGAGUGUUUAACUCCAAAUCUCCCAAGCUAAUAUCAGGAUAUGAGAGUCUGUUUUUUGAUUAUCAGGGUGAAUUUGCAGAUUAUCAGACAAACAAAGACCACAUUAAAGUUCUACACAUUUUGAACUUUGUCAAACCUUUGACAGUUCCCUGUGCAGCGAAAUAUCUGAAGCCUACAAUUCAGCGUCUUCUUCAGAACUGUGAAGUUGAUUCACACAGUGGUCUUCAUGUUCCAAAUGAGACGACGCUGAAGUGGUUGAAAUUACUUUGGAAGUUUUUAACAAGCUAUAUUAAACCAACCACAUCUAGUGGUGAUGAAACAAGUCUGACAUUAGGUGAUGUGAGGCAGCUCUUCAGUGAGUGCUGUAUUUUGCCUGUUGUGUGUCCCAGGUUAAACAACAAGCAUCUCCUGCAAAGAAUGAAAGACAUGCCAAAUGUCAUUAAGUUCUCUUCAGAAAGUGACAUAUCAGGCAUCCUCUUUAAACUUGGUUUUAUGAAGCUUGACAGUCUGUUCUUCUCUGAUACACCUAUGGGCCUACAUGUAAAUCUAUAUCUACACCAUGAACUUAUGGAUGUGAAUGAUAAAAGCUCUGUGUUGGACAAAGUCUCCAACAUUGACCUCUCAGAGUUUUCCCAGCUUUCCGCUGAUGAGAUGAAAGAGCUCCAGUGUUUUUUGCAGGAUGGAGUAUCCAAGUCCAAAGACAAACAAGAGUAUCAGAGAAAGCUCAAAUCCUUACCUCUAUUUGAAACAAUUUAUGGUAAACGAGUGAGGAUUGAUGGACCCAAAGAGGUAUUUAUUCUUGACAGCACACAUUCAGUGACAUUCCUUGCAUUGUUCACCCUGGCUGACAAAAGCAGCAUUUUACUCAAAAACAGUCCAGAGAACCACAGGCUGUUGGAACUAUUGAACAUACGAAUCCUGACUGAUUUGGAGUAUUUCAAGAAGUUCAUUCUGCCCAUUGCUCAUACACUCACAGAGACUCAGCUGCUUCAGUGCCUCAAACUAUUAUUGUCGCCGCAACUACAUUUCAGUUAUCACCAGGAUAAGGACAAAAUCAUCUCCUCACUAAAGACGGUGAAAUUGAUUCGCAGUUCUCAAGGCAGAUUGGAGACAGCGUCAUUCUACUUUGAUAAGAGUGUGGAUCUGUACAAGAAAAUGGUGCCCCAAGAGAGAUUUGUGCCUGAAAAAUUUUGGACUGAGUUGUGCGAAGGAAAUGAACAAACAAUAAUAAGAGCAGAAGAGCUACUCAGAGACCUUGGAAUGAAACAUGUUGUCUCAAAAGAUGACAUAAUAAAUUUUGCAUGGCAGUUAGAAUCAGAAACAAAACGCAACUGCCCAUUUGAAGAGUUGAGACAGAAAUCAUCAUUCAUUUUUAGAACAGCCUUGCAUAUAGCAAGUGACGACAAAGAUGAAAAUUUGCUGGAGAGAAUAGCUGACAUCAAGUUCAUUUUUCCUGAGAAAAUUUCAAAGGAUUUGUGCAACUAUCACCAACCAUUUGCAACAGAAAGAACACCUGUUAAAAUCAAAGGAUCUUUGAUCCAAAGUGACCCUAAACAUCAAGAACUGAUUUGGUCCUCAAUGCCAAUUAUACAUCUGCCAGUUUAUAAGUCACAAAAACUCAUGAAAAUGAUGAAAAAUGCAGGAGCUCAUGAACAACCACCUCCUCAGUGUGUAACCAGCAAUAUCAGCAAUAUCUGUUAUUCACCCUGUGAAACCAUCCUUUUGAUCGAAACACGUGCCAAAGUGUUUCGUAGCUCGUAUACCUACCUUCAAGCAAACAAGUUUGACAGUCAGCCACUCACUGGUCUUCCUGUUGUGUUGGUUGAAAAAGACACAGAACUUGCGAGGAGUGAUGAUGUGUGUCUUUCACUCCCACAUGACCGUGAGUUCAGACCAUACUUGUACAACAUUUCUCCAAAAGAUGUCAUGUUUGCAGACUUCUUCAAGCAAAUCGGUGUAAAGGACAAACCUACUGCAGAGCAGUAUUGUAAUGUUCUGGCAGCAGUUCAUGCCGAUUCCCACGAUAAACCACAACUAAACCCAAACCAGCAGAAAACUGUGAAACGUGCUGUCAGGGAGCUUUUUCAGUUAAUCAAAACUGAAGAGAAACAGUCCACCCUUGAUGAUAAAAAGACUUUGUACCUCCCUGCAGUAGAUGGUAAAUUAUACCCCUCAUGCACACUCCACUACAAUGACACAGUGUUUGAGAUCAGAAGGCUAGAGGAAGGGUUGGGGAAUAAGUUUCUGUUGCUUGAGAAACUCAGUGAAUGUCAUUUGGGGUCUGACAUCUACAAGCAAUAUCAACUGCUGAAAUUGCUGCCUCAGAAAAUUCAACCUAAAAUGUUGUCUCAGUUUACCGAGGAGACAGUAGUGGAAUCACACAUGCAGCUUUGUGAGCUCGAGACUCAUUGUGAAUUCAGAGGAUGGUUUUACAAACAUCUGUCCUCGGCAGCAUUCAGACAUGGAUUAAUUUGUCUUAUCAGAGCUCAGUCACAGGGAGAAAUAACACAAGAAGAUGCUACUGACAUGUACACAAAGAUUUUUGGCAGUAUUCAAAUGAUCUGCUGUGAAAACCUGGAAACAAUGCUUUGGCUGGAAAAGGAGCCACUACACAAAACUGCUACUGAAACAGAUGUCUUUGUCAAACGAGAACAACAAGGUUGCAUCUUUUACUUGAAGCACAACAAUGACAUGGCUCCUAAGGUGUUAAAUGACAUUAACAUGACAUUGACAAAGGAGAUUAAUGUUCUUUUAGGUAAAAGAUUAGAAUCAGUUCAUCUCACUGUCCUCGGACAACUUCUCAUGUGUGACAAUCUGCAAGAUGUUAAGAAAGCUCUGGCCAAGGGUGGAAUCCGUGAUAGUGUUGAAGCUGAAAGCUUCCUCCUCAAUCCACCAGCCCCUGGAACAGAAAUUGCAGAAGGAUGGCUUGAUUCCUUAGACAUGAACAUCCUCAAUAACUUUGAAGAGGGGGAAUAUGUUGGUUACUGCACAAACAACAGGUACAUUUAUGCAGUUAUUGUUGAAGAACUUUCUGGGCACUCUGGACCAUAUGCACGGCGAUACAAAAUCGAAAUUGGACAAGAUGAGCCCAUUGAAGUCAGUUGUCUUGACCUGUACCAGUUUAAACGACAAAAGAAAACAGAAGCUGAAGCAGAGACUCGUACAUCUGCAGAUGCUUCUUGCAUGGCGCUGGAGCCACUAGCAGGACCUAUGCCGCAUUCUUCCCAGCGAUCAACUCCAACUUCCUCUUCUUCAAGGUCCACACCAACCUCUAUUGAUGAAGCAAAAAGGGAAAUUGACAAAUGUUUGACUGAGAUCUGGACUCUUCCCCAAGAGGAGAGGCAUAAAGCCAUCAAACGACUGUACCUGAGAUGGCAUCCUGACAAAAAUCCUGAAUGCACUCUUCUUGCCACUGAGGCAUUCAAAUACUUGCAGAAUCGCAUCGAUGAACUUAUGAAAGGCAAAGGUAAAGGUAGCGACAAAACUGCAGGCUCAUCCAGUUCAAGGGGAAACUCAAAUUUCAGAGACUUCUAUCAGCAAUGGAAUCAGGAGGCCCGGCAUCACAGAACUAGUCGUGAGAGAUUCUCUAGAGGCCACCAGUCAUAUAACUUUUGGACCCAUAAUGAAAAUGUCCCAAGGCCAAACAGAGAGGAGGCCCAGCGCUGGUGUAAACAGGCUCGCUGUGAUCUCAAUGCGGCUUACAAAGAUGUUGGUGGAGGGAAUACAGAGUGGUGUCUGUUCAAAGUCCAUCAAGCAGUGGAAAAGUCUCUCAUAGCUGCAGCAUAUAAAAGAAACGGUCAGCAUCCCACCAACAGCUCCAUUUCAGCCAUGGCUGUACAGGUUUCCCUUUACAAUGCCCAACUGAAGGUCCUGCCUCAAAUUGUGGAAAAUCUAAAGUCAUUGGGCGUGGAUGGCAAAAAAACUCAGUAUCCCAACUGCCACCCAUUUCCCCAUAUUCCAAAUGGACGGUUCAAAUCAGAGAAUGAAAUGUUAGCAGUGAACAAGGCAUCUGAGCUUCUCAGUAAAGUGGAGGCAUAUGUGAAUUAAGGACUAAAGACAAACAGACAUGUCAUGUUGGCAGUCAGUUUAAGAUUUUUUGAUUUGUUAAAAAUACUGCUAGGCAUAUUGGGAUGUUGGAUCAUUACUAUACGCAAAAUAACCCCAUAAUUUGUUUAACAGGACAAACACAAGAAUGAUAUAUGUUAUGAAUACUCUGAAAAGGUUUGUUUCAUGUUUUAAUCUUACUUUAUUUUUUUAUUUCGUGCUUAUUUUUUUAUUACUGAGGUAUCGUCUCUAUAUCACUAUAUGAAGUUGUUAGGAAAAAUAUUUUGUACAUCAUUUUAGACGUGUGACUGCUCACUCAGGACAAUAUAAUCAGUGAACAGCUUGGUUUGGGAAAUGAAAUAUUGUUUUGAACAUUGCAAUGCUGGCAAUGUUGAUUUUCAUGUAUACCUUCUCUUUGAGGAGCAGUACAGCAUAACCACUUUAUUAUUUUUUUAUGACAAUAAAAACAUAAUUUCUUAUAUAUUUCUAUAUUUCUUAUAAUACUGUUGUCAACAUUUUUAACUACUCACAGAAGAUGAGUAUAAUCACUGUAUGAAUUUUUGAAAAUGCAAAUAUCAAAGGGUUUGUUUUUUUGUUGUUUUGUUUUUUGCAAUGUUGUAAACAUUUAUUACUACUCCCUGAUGGUGAGUAUUUUUACUGUAUGACUUUUUGUUAUAAUUUUAACUUUUUAUUAAUGAUCAAUAAUAUCACUGUAAAACUUUGUUCUAGAAAUUCAGAUGUCAAAGAAUUAAGUGUUUUGAAGAAAAUAAUUAAGUUUUGUCAUCAUGUCAUGUUUGUUACUUUUUAUUAGCACUUAUCUUCUAAAAUACAAAAAUCUUAAAUCAUGAAAUUCAAUCAAGAAUGAAACUACAGUUUUGGUUUAAUGUUUUUUUUUUUUAAUUUAUUGUAAAAUACAAUGAGGGAAGAUAUAUUCAGAUCCCAUACUUAAGUGAAACUACUAAUAUGAAACUAUGAAAUACUGUACUACAAGGCAUUAAAAAUGUUACUUAAAUAAAAGUAUGUGACUGUAAUGAGCAAAAUAAACUUCAAGUAAUAAAAGCACUCAAUGCAGAUAAUG